UGUGUGCGUGUGUGCGUGGUGAGGUAACAGAGGAGUGACAGAGGGAGAGAGAGAGAGAGAGAGAGAGAGAGCAGGGAGUGUUGGAGACACUCCUGUCUGCAGGGACACAGUAGAGGACUUUGUUUUAAAGCUGGAGCUGCUGGAUUUACAGAUGUGUGAGGACUUUUAGAAAGAGAGAGAGAAAGAAGGGAGGGAAGUUACAAAACAAACGGAGAUUAAAGGAGAUCUUUAGGCGGAGGAGAGGAGGACUCUGAUCUGCACUGAGAUGGAGGUCUACACGGUGACAGUCGCUACAGGAACAUCAGAUUACUCCGGCACCAACAACUACGUCUAUGUGACGCUGGUGGGGGAGAAAGGAGAGAGUGAGCGCACCCUGCUGGACAACCCUGGACUGGACUUCUGCAAAGGAGCAGUGGAUGAGUACAAGGUGAGCAGCCCGGCACCUUUAGGCUCCCUGCUGCUGGUCAGACUGGAGAAACAGAGGUACUGGGUGGAGGAUAACUGGUUCUGUCGCUACGUCACUGUGGAGACUCCAGGGGGCGACAAACCGCUGACCUUCCCGUGUUUUCGCUGGUUGAUAGGAGACGUCAAGUUGGAGGUCAGAGAGGGAACAGCAAAGACACUUAGGGACGAGGUCUCACCUGUGCUGCUGGCUCACAGGAAGGCUGAGCUGCAGGAGAGGAAGUCCACCUACAGGUGGGUGACGUGGGGUCCAGGGAUUCCCAGGUGUAUCGAUGCUAAAACAGAAGCAGAUUUACCACAAGAUGUCCGCUUUGACAACGAGAAGAGGAGCGACUUUGAGCACUCCUUACACUAUGCGCUGAUGGAGCUGUCUCUGAAGAAGCUGGCCAUCAGGUUUGGAAAGUCCUGGGACGACCUGGAAGAUUUCAAAAGGAUCUUCUGGAAGCUGCGGAGUCCCAUAGCUGAGUACUGCAUGGAGCAUUGGAAGGAGGACUGUUUCUUUGGGUACCAGUGUAUGAACGGUUCGAACCCCAGGAUGAUCCACAGGUGCAAGAAGCUUCCAGAGAACUUCCCUGUCACAGCGAACAUGGUUCAGAGCUCCAUGGCUGCCCGGACACACCUGGACCGAGAACUGAAGGCAGGUAACAUCUACCUGUUGGACUUUGCCAUCACAGACGGGAUUCCUACCAACACCAUCCGGGGUCAACCUCAAUACAUCGCCGCUCCGCUCUGCCUCCUUUACCAACACCCAGACCUGGGACUCAUACCCAUCGCUAUCCAGCUGGAGCAGACCCCCGGUUUGGACACGCCCAUUUUCCUGCCCAGAGACCCGCCCCUCACCUGGCUGCUGGCUAAGAUGUGGGUGCGUCACUCUGAGUUUCAGGUGUUCCAGGUGCUGUCUCACCUGCUCAGGACUCACCUGGUCGUAGAGGUGUUCUGUGUGGCCACUCUGAGACAGCUGCCUGCUGUUCACCCCAUCUACAAGCUGCUGGCUCCUCACCAGCGCUACACCUUGGAGAUAAACUGUAGGGGGCGCACUCAGCUCAUCUCUGCUGACGGCAUCUUCAAACGGGUGGUGUCCACAGGUGGAGACGGUCUGAUGGUCCUGGCUCAGAGAGAGUAUAAGGUGCUGACGUAUCGCUCGCUACAGCCUCAGUGUGACUUCGCCGACAGAGGAGUCACACACCUAGACAAAUAUCACUACAGAGAACACACACUGCUGCUGUGGGAUGCUUUACACAGGUUCAUCUCAGGUGUGGUUCACCUGUACUAUCACUCAGAUCAGGAUGUUCAGGAGGACCUGGAGCUGCAGGCUUGGAUCAGAGACAUCACCCAGGAGGGAUUCACAGACCUGCCCCACUUUGGGCUGAGCAGUAAACUGAGCAGCAGAGAGGAGCUCUGCACGUUGCUGUCAGUCAUCAUCCACACCAGCACGGCUCAGCAUGCUGCUACCAACAAUGGACAGUUCGACUGGUGCGCCUGGGUCCCAAACACGCCCUGCACCAUGAGACACCCGCCUCCCACAGACAAGGAUGCUGUCACCAUGGAGCUGAUCAUGGACACCCUCCCUGAUGUGAGCCAGUCGUGCGUGCAGAUGGCGAUCACCUGGCACCUGGGCCGAACUCAGCCGGACGCCAUCCCUCUGGGUCAGUACACUGAGGAGCACUUCACAGAAGGGAGGGCUCAGGAUUUGAUUGACAAGUUCAGGUCGGAGCUGAAGGAGAUCGAGGAGCACAUCCUGAGUGAGAAUGAAGGAGAGGAGCUGAAGUACCUGUACCUGCUGCCGAGCCGCAUCGAGAACAGCAUUACGAUAUAAACACACACACACACACACACCUCUAUUAUGAUCAAUAUUAUAUAAACAGCACUUAUUGAUACACCACUCUGCCUGAUUACAGCUACCAGGACGUUUACUGAGCCUUUAAAAUAUCUUUGUCUUUAUUGUGAGACGACUCCGAACAUUUACUAAAUUAAAGACAGAAAUUAACAAAAUAAAAGACAAAAAUUCACAGGAUAAAACACAUUAACAAAGUAAAAUAAAUAUACAAAAUUAAAAACAUUAACAAAAUAAGAAAUAAGUGCCAUGAAUCAAUGAGAUACAACACAUAAAUUAACGAAAUAAAAGGCAUACAUUAACAAGAGAAAAGACAUAAAUUAAAGGAGAUAGAUUUGGUAGGUUUGAGAGAUACAAGACAUCAACUAAGGAGACAAAAUUAGUUAAUUAAAGAGAUAAGAAAGACAUAAAUUAACGAUAUAAAACACAUUAAUCAAGGAGAUAAAUUACAUCAAUAAAAGACAUCAAUUAACUACUUAAGAGACAUAAAUUAGAUAUAACACGUCACUCUACAAGAUAAAAUGUAUAACUUUAUAUAACAUGAAAAUCAAAACCAAACAAGAAGAUCACGACUUGACAACACCCGGAUCAAGACUUGCAACCAAAGAACAUCUCGCAGCUCGUUUCUGUUGCAGUGAAACACAUUAGACAAAAGAUCAUAGAUAUCUGACACCAUGGCACGAACCCUCCAGAGAGGAAGAGGGCAGGAGUCAGGAGACAUCCCACAGCAGAGGGAGAUUAAAAUCUGGUUCAGCUCACGUUUCUGUGAGAAGGUUCACAAUGGGAGACCUUUUUGUAGGAAGUCAAACUUCAUACUGGAAAUAAAUGAAGACUGGUUGCCAAAUGUAAUACAGUCAUGGCCAAAAGUUUUGAGAAUGACACAACUAUUAAUUUUCCCAAAGUCUGCUGUUUCAGUUUUUAUAAUGGCAAUUUGCAUAUAAUCCAGAA